AUGUCCGACUCCCCUCACUCUGAGAAGGAUCUGUACCUUACGCGGUUCAGCACUCCCGUUCCAGAGCUGGAUGAGCACCGUUUUGACACGCCGCGCAUUAAUACUAUGGAGAUCCCACGAGACGUUUCCCAAGCCCCUGCUACUCAAAAGCCUGGAAGAGACGCUCCGGAACGUCCUGACCUGCUGCAAGUCCAGGAUGUCUUGCGCGAGCCUGGUCCCCUGUUCCGCGACUUCGAACAAGCUGUCGCCGAUGAGGACGAGGAGAGGAGCCCACUAGACCGACGCUUCUCGGUCGAUCCCAAUGCCGCUCAUCCGAUGCCCCGCCGAAUUAGCAUCGUCCAGCCAGAGAUUGGCAAUGUUUCGCGCAAGUCGUCCGUCUCCGCGCGCUCCUCAUCUCCUCCAAACUCGGUCGAUGCCUUCGCCGACCCACGACGACGUGAGCGGGCCAACACUCUCGAUAGCCACGCUCCGCCUGAUCUGGAAGCCAUCUUGCACCGCACGGUCUCGGGCGCCACGCAGCCACGACGCCGUCCGACUUUUAGCAAUGCCAGCGUCGUGCGACCCCAGCCAAGUGAAGUUCCGAUUGAUGCACCAGAAGACGCAUGCAUGCCAAACUAUGAAGAACCUGGCCGGAUCCCUGUUAUCGACUAUGAGGAGUUGGAGGAGUUUGUCGCAUUGCACCAGAAGACCAAAGCUGCCGGUCAUCGCAAGCAUAGCAUGUCCUCGCAGAGCAAGAAACCUCGGAUUUUCUAUGAUCUUCGGCCUGGCGCUAAGGAAAUGGACGUGGAUGAGAUCAACAAGUCUGAUUCUACUGCAUCCACGACCUGCCCGAUGAAUGCUGGCUCGGAAACCAUGCUCCCCGACGUCUUUGGCGAGAAGGUUCCAAUCGAAAAGCUAGAAAAUACUAAUAGUCCCACUCGCUUUGGGUUCUUUUCGUCCGAGUCGCAGACAACGGUACAUGCUGCUGAAUUGGGAGAUUUGGUUCUCCCGGGUGAUAGCUUUCGGGACCUGUUCCAGCUGGGUCCUGAAGGAGGUGUGUGGUGGUUGGACGUAGUCAACCCCACUGAGGCGGAAUUAGAUGCCAUCUCCAAGGCUUUCUCCAUCCAUCCUCUUACUCAAGAAGAUAUUCAGACUCAGGAAGCCCGCGAGAAGGUUGAACUUUUCAAGCAGUACUAUUUUGUCUGUUUCCGCACUUUCUACCAGAUGGACAAGACCAGCGAGGAGUUUUUGGAGCCCGUCAACUUUUACAUGGUCGUUUUCCGGGAUGGUGUUCUGACAUUCUCUUUCGACGAGAACCCGCAUGCAGCCAACGUUCGGAAGCGUAUUGGCAAGCUGCGUGAUUACGUCUCUUUAAGUAGUGACUGGAUCUGUUAUGCGAUGAUUGACGACAUCGUUGAUAGCUUUGGUCCCGUGAUCCGAGACGUCGAACUCGAAUCAGAGGCCAUUGAAGAUCACGUCUUCAUUGCCCGGGUUGACGAUUUCGAAUCCUUCUUGCCUCGAAUUGGUGGCCUGCGGAAGAAGGUCAUGUCGCUCAUGCGACUGCUGGGUGGCAAGGCGGAUGUCAUCCGCGGAUUCUCCAAGCGCUGCAACGAGCAGUACUCGGUGACUCCGCGUGGCGACAUUGGUCUGUAUCUCGGUGAUAUCCAGGAUCACGUCGUGACCAUGAUGUCCAACUUGGGUCAUUUCGAGAAGAUGCUGAGCCGGUCACACACCAAUUACCUGGCUCAGCUGAACGUCACCAACCUUGCCCUUGGUAACCACGUUAACAAGGUUCUGAGCAAGGUGACUCUCAUUGCCACCAUUCUUGUCCCUAUGAACCUGAUCUGUGGUUUAUUCGGGAUGAACGUCAAUGUUCCUGGAAAAGACGAUGGAGGCCUUGGUUGGUUCUUUGGCAUCAUUGGAGUCAUGGCUGGAUUGGUAGUUGUUAGCAUGGCUCUUGCGCGCUGGCAGAAGCUAGUUUAG